AUGCAGGUGCAAGAAUAUGGCACAGCCAAAGCAGUCUCAACGUGGCAGCGUGCCGGUGUGGAGCCAGCAGAUGUUGUGGCGGCCUGCGUGGACUAUGUCUUCCGAGACGAGGAGGAGGAAGAGCUCUACCGCCAUGUUCCGGUUCCACGUCGCCCGCGCACCCGCAAGCGCUUUCUUCGCAUGCGAAAAAGGGUCUUUCAGCAGGAAUGGUGGGGCCCAAGAGGCUCGGUACGCAUCGCAGGUUCUUCCGGUUCCUACUCUGCACUUCCGUACCGGCUGCCGUUGACCACGGAGGAGCUGCUCUCCGCGCCCGACAAGGCACUCCAAGCGGGCUCGGCCAUCGCGGAACCCGAGGCGUUGAACGCCUUGGGGAAGCAGAAGGAGAAGGAGUCCAUGGAGAAGCGCCAAAGGCGGCAGCGCAAGGACCUGGGCAUGUCAUGGGAUGGAAUGGGUACCCAGACUGAUGGUGGAGUGUGCCUGGGCCAAUGGGAUCACCCAGCACUUCCCAUUCCUGGGAUGAACAUUCGCAAAGAAAAAGGCAUGGCAGCCAAAGAACGGGACGCCGAAGAAGGAAGGCGCUGGUCUAUGCCCUCCUUCGAUUUGAGAUACAAUUCAUCUCGUGGCACGGUGCAGCUUGGCAGGGCUGAAGAGCCCGUGAAACAACGAUCGCAUGAAGCCAAAAAGAAGGGGAUCUUAGCAACUCACACGCACGAGUUCUCGGCCUCCAAGUACUUCGUGCGGAUGAUGAUGACGCAUCCCUGGCGGACCUGGGACCCGAAAGUCGCCGAGGUCUUCAUCGUGCCGACGGAUGUGGAGCCCGUCUACCUGGAGGAGGGUAGCCAGGGUCCCUGCAGCGCGCGGCAAUACCAGGUGCACCUUUGGGGAGCCAUCCAGGCGCUGUUCGAGAAGCCGCAUAUUCGAGCGAAGCAGGGAGCGGACCAUUUCUGGAUGAUGUCCCAGAACGACCCGGAACGGCUCAUCGAAAAGCACGCCCCAGAGUUGGCGGAAGAAAUUCGUGCGCUGAAUUAUCUGCACUUCAUGUCAGUGGGGGCCAUGGAACUCUUCCCUCUCCGUUCGUUGGAAGCGCAUCCCGUGCGCGAGUCGAUCUUCGUGCUGAAUGGCACCCGGAGGAACGGUGGAGCUUGGGGUUACCAGCGAG